CAUCACACUCGUUGUCGUUCAUUCUCUAAACACAUUCUCUAGACAACCAGUCAUUUCGGAUUAGCAAGUCAUUCUUUACUUGCUGCCUCUCCUUGCCAUACUGGCAUCCAUCCGUUCCUUUCAACGAUUAAGAAAGUGGAUAUAACUGCGUUUUCUCGACUCGAGAACUCACUCUUUAACGCCUCGACGGCUAGAGUUAUAAGACGAUCUCAACGGCCAAUUUGACCCUUUGAGAUCUUCCCAUCGUAUCGACAUUCUCAUACAACUAUACUAUCGUUACAAUUAUACUAUCAUUACAAAUACACUAUCAUUACAACUACACUAUCACUACAACUAUACUAUCAUUAAAACACCAGCCAAAAUGGGUUCCUUCACCAAGACCCUCGCAGUCCUAUCCUGCGUCGCGAGCUACGCCGUUGCCCUCAGCGGCGACAUGACCUACUACACGCCCGGCCUCGGAUCCUGCGGCCAGACGAACUCGGAAACGGACAUGGUAGUCGCGCUAUCGCCCGCCCAGUUCGCCGCGGAUUCCCAGGCCUGCGGUAAGCAGAUCCAAAUCCACAUGGGCGGCAAGUCCGCGCUCGCCACCGUCGUCGACAAGUGCCCCGGCUGCAGCGAGAACUCCAUCGACGUCUCGCCUGCCGUCUUCGAGUCCCUCGCGCCUCUGACCGUUGGCCGCACCCAGAUUGAGUGGGACUACGCUACGUAAGGUGGGUUGGUCCCCAUCACACAACAACUCACGGUUUAGGGGGAAAGGGGGGUGGUGAAGUUAUAAAGCAAAAGGCGAACAGGUUUCGCAGCUUUAGACGGAGUGGAGGUUACCUAAUUAUACAUUGCUUUUUUGCCGGGGGAACAGAGCGAAUGUGUUCCGUGGCUAUGCCGGACAUAGACCUUCGCAGCACGAUUCAGAUGCACAUGGAUGAAAACGGGAAAUAUACUGAAAACGACAAACAUGAUGGAUAUACCGCACCGCGCUGGACUCGAAGGUGCUGCUUUUUUAUAGGGAAUGAACAGACUCCAAAUACACUCACCCCUGGCGGGUAGUUUUCCUUUAAUCUCAGCUCCAAUCUCUUGUCGUGAACCCAGCCGAUGUAGAACUAGACGCAUACAAGAAAAAGC